GAGCUCUGGAGCUCUGAUAUCUGAGUUGGUGUUAGUCUGUGAGCCUGAUCUCAGAAUGAAGAUCCUCCUCAUCUUCACCCUCUUCCUGAUUUCAGUAGGUGGAGGAGAAUCAGAGAGAGUGAUGGGAUAUUCAGGAGGAGUCCUCAUCAAUUGUAGAUAUGAGAGAAGAUACACAUCAAACCCAAAAUACCUCUGUAAGGGUCCGUGGUCAACCUGUGCUGACCAGAUCAAGACAGGAGUUAAAAAUAAGUGGAUAAACAGUGGAAGAUUCUCACUGUUUGACGACACCAGAGCUGCACAGUUCUGGGUGAUGAUCAGGGAGCUCACUGUAGAGGAUUCUGGAACGUACCAGUGUGGAGUUGAUAUAAGUUUGGACUUUGACAUCCUCACACCAGUGGAACUGAAGGUAGAGGAAGAUACAUUCUUUGAGAAGAGCAUCACUGAGUCUGCUGUUGUAGGAGGAAGUGUCAACAUCAGCUGCAAAUACCCACAAUCCCACAGCAGUUACCCCAAGUUUCUCUGUAGGAGAGUGGGCACUGUUAACUGUAGUUAUGAAACAUCAGUUAAAGAGAGCAGAAGAUGGAGAAAUGAGGGGAAACUGUAUCUACAUGAUGAUGGAAAGCAGAUCUUCACUGUGGUCAUCAACCGUCUGACUGAGGGAGACUCUGGUGAAUACUGGUGUGGAGCUGAAUCAGACUGGACAUCUGACCAUGGAUACAAGGUCUAUAUCACCCAGAUCAACCUCACAGUUACUGAACGAAAACAAGCAACAACAGCAUCCUCAUCAAGAAAACCCUCACAAAGCAUGGAAGAAACCACAUUCUCAACACCUAAAACAAUGGGAAGGUCUUUAUUUAAAGCAAAAGCAACAACAGAUCCUCAGAAUUUUCCAUGGUCACCUUCAUGCAUCAGUUCACAGACUACAAACCCAACCACAUCGUCAUCUUCUAAAAGCACAUUAGCUUCCUCUUCUGCUACAGCAUUUCCAGUUUCCUCUGUGAUCACUGGUGUGUCUGUGAUUGUAGUGCUGCUUCUGAUUGGACUCUUGUUCUUAAUACUCACUCUGCGAAGAAGAGGCAAGACUGAAGUGCCAGCUUCAUCCCAAAGCCGCUCCAUCACGGGAUCAUCAAGCAACCACGAGGCCCCUGCUGUCCCUGACUAUGAGGAAAUUAUAGACUUUCCUGUCUCAGAUGCUGGAGUUUCCAUAGUCUACUCUACUGCUCAACUACCUACAAACCCCUCAGAACCUUCUCAGACUGUUGAUGUCCAGUUACCCUCAAGCUGUGAUUUCUCAAAUCCUAUUUAUUCUACUGUUCAGUUACCACCAAACUCUCCUGACCAGGUCAUCUGCUCCACAGCUCAGUUGCCCACGAUUCCGUCCGAUUUCUCAGCAAGUGCCAUCCGGCAUUCAGCUGGAACGUCUGCUGAAGGUCCAACAUACGCAACAGUGAAUUUCAGCAGGAAAGCAAGCAGAUCUACUGAUACAGUUACCAGGGCAACCAUUAACAAGAUUGAUACUGUUAAACAUGAGAGCUGAUGGGGAAAGGGUAGCAUUUCCAUUUGUUCUCAUCUAUUCCCAGCACUCUGGACAUUCUGGACAUUGUUUCAUUCAGGUUGAUUGACAUGUGGCUCUCAACCAGCAACAUUUCACUCAUACGUUAUUUCCUGUUUAACUCAUAGAAGAGAUAAUUCCAUAGUUUAAAAAUUCAGCUUAAUUCAUCCACUGAGACGUGCGAUGUUCUCUCCUGUGCUAAGAUUUACUGUGUUUUUGUAUUGAGUCAGAUGACAUUGCAAUUACAUUAAAUUUAUGAAGAGUUUACUGUAUAAAAUAGAUGUUAUGAGAAUGGUGAUGU